AUUAAGUAGUAUUAAAUGAAAGUUACUUCAGUAAAGUAGUCAAGGGAACUCAAACAUGUUCCUCAGCGACUUUUCACCACGGCUUUGGUUCGUUUUAUUGUGAAAGCGGUGACCGGAACUGCCCGACUUCACGUCCGCCAUCUUGACACGUGGUCUACGGGGCGGCGGACGGACGCAGGGAGGAGGAGGGGGAGGAGGACUAACGGGAGCUGGGAUCGCCUGUGGUAAAUUAAAUCAACCGGGGAGCGGAAACGCGGCCCGAGCGAGGAGAAGACGCGAGCUUCAGGAAACAAACAGCUGAGGUCGUCUUGACUUCCUCCUCUCGGCAUCUGCAGACAGGAGGCGAUGAAAGAAGAAGCUCAGAGACGGGGAUGAAGAUGAAGAUGCUCUCCGCUCCCCUCUGGACCUGAUUCGUCCCAUCAGCUUUGUUUUUUCACACACUCAUAUUUUAAUUUUUUGCUCGUCCUCUGACAAAAGCGAGCUCACUUUUUUUUUUAAAGGAAACAUGGCAAACAUGUGCCCUUACGGCCGCUUCACCCACGCCGUGGUGCGGGGCAUCCCGGAGACCUUCGGGAACAGGGCGGGGGACGGCGGCGAGAACGGGGACGCCUCGGUGGACCUGGCCAAAGCCCAGCGGCAGUUCGGCUGCCUGACGGGCGCCCUGCGGCAGAAGGUGGGCCUGCAGCUCAUCGAGAUCCCCCCCGACCCGGAGCUGCCGGAGGGCUGGAGGAUCGACGACGUGGCCGUCAUCCAGGGGGACACGGCGCUCGUCACCAGGCCCUUCGCGCAGCAGCGGCGCGGCGAGGCGGAGGCAGUGAGGAGGGUGGUGUCGGAGCUCAGCCUGACCGUGGUGGAGAUGGGGACGGAGGAGGGCGACUCCGCGGGAGCCACCCUGGAGGGCAGCGACGUCCUCUUCACGGGGAGGGAGUUCUUCGUCGGCAUCUCCUCGCACACCAACCGGCGGGGAGCCGAGGUGCUGGCGGACACGUUCAGGGACUUUGCCGUGUCCACCGUCCCCGUCUGCGGUGGAGCCCGACUGAAGAACAUCUGCUCCAUGGGAGGGCCAGACACGAUCAUCAUCAGCAACAGUGACGGCGCCAAGAAGACUCUGCGGAUGAUGGAACAGCUGACCGAUCACCACUACGAAGUCCUGACCGUCCCGGAGGAUGCGGCUGCCAACUGCAUCUACAUCAAAGGUCCGUCGAAACGGGACUUCCUGCUCCACCGGCCGGCGGAGGAGUGUCCCGAGAGCGUCUCGGCCUUCCAGAAGCUGCAGGACUACACUCUCCUGCCUACGGCCUGCAGCGAGGCCUCCAAACUGGGAGCGUCCCUGUCCUCGCUCUGCCUCCUCGUCAACAGAAAACACACGUAUUUCUGAAAACGAAACACCCAGAAGCGCCUCACAGCGGCGGACGAGGCCUCCGACUCAACUUUCCACUCACUAGAAUUCUUGUCUAUUUAUUGUUAAAGGAAACACUGACGUGCAGUAUUUGUAUGAGGGAGAAUUAUGAGCCGACUGUGGUAAACAAGCUGCUCCCCCUGCUGGACAAACAUUGCAGCCCAUUAAGUCUUAUUAGAAAACCACUCGUGAAACCACUGAGGUCAGCCGUAGUUUCUCACUUUCACACUUGUGAAUCCUGAGCGGCGCUUUACAGAAACUGAUGGAUGUGGAGGGGAAAAAAAUUAGCCGCAGAUUUAUUCUAAUAUCGUGUAAUUACUUUAUAUUUUGGGUUAAGUAAAUUGAAUCCUUUCACAGCAAUUGCUAAUCCUGUGGUUCCCAAACUCACGUCCACUCACUAAUGACCAUGUGUAUGUAGCUCUGUCCAUGUAACAGGCUGGUUUCCAUUUCAUCCCCCACGUCCUGCGUGUAACUGACAAGUCGUUUUAAAGGAACAUGUAGCCACUACGUACAGAAAUGCAGAUUUUAAAAACAAUUAGUGGUUUUUGCUUUUUCUAUGGGUGUGAAUUUGUGGCUGGUGUACAUGCCAAUUAAACUCAACUGACGUGA